GUAACUGCAGAAGUCAAAAAUAGAAUCACUAUUCCCGAUUCCCGAUCCCGAUUUCCCGAGGCCCGAGACUGCAAAGUUCAACAGAGAACAGAGUAUCGUUCCGAGUUCCGAAUAAUUCCGAACGAGACACUGAUCCGAUCAAUUUAAUGUUACGUGAAAAAUGAUGCAAAUAUUAAAGAAACAGACGUUGAAGCACUUUAAAAAUCAUAGGAGCGUUAAUACAUGGUCGCCGCUCGCAACAGCGUUCAAUUCCAUUACCACGGAAAAGCAUGAAUUCAACCUGUCGAAAAAUAAAACUGGAUUAUUUGGUAUACCAGAGUUAAGAACUCCAGAGGGAUUCAGCAUUUUGAAGGAUCAAGCAAUGAUCCAAACGGAUGUACUCAUAGCAGAGGCCACUAGUAAAAAUAGAAAACGCAAGAUUGUAGAAAUUUUUGAUGAUUUGUCCGAUGCUCUAUGCAAAGUUGCAGACUUGGCAGAAUUUAUUAGAAUCGCGCAUCCAGAUAAACAGUUUAUUAAAGCUGCAGAAAAUGCUUGUAUAUUCAUCAGUGGUAUAGUAGAAAAAUUAAAUACUCAUUGUGAACUGUAUAAUGCGCUACGGUACGCAGUAAAUAAUGGAGAUAUCCAAGAAACGUCUGUCGUGGAUGACCAUGUUGCGAAAUUGUUCUUGUUUGAUUUUGAACAGUGCGGUAUACAUUUACCGGAAUCUAAACGGGAGAAUGUCGUACAGUUAAAUGAUUACAUAUUACAAAUAGGUCAGAAGUUCAUGGCGGGUGCGGGUAAUGCGCGAACAGUGGACGCUAACAUUCUUCCACCGGGUGUAAAGGAACAUUUCACAAUGAAGGAUAAUCAGAUAAUAGUGCAAGGACUUUACGUAGAUUCUUCUAAUAAUCUAGUUCGAGAAGCGGCUUAUCGUAUAUUUUUAUAUCCAGACAACAAUCAAGAGUAUCUCUUGCACGAACUUUUAAACUCGAGACACUACUUGGCCAAAUUGUGUGGAUUUCCAUCGUAUGCUCAUCGAGCCGUGAGAGGAAGUACGGUAGAAACGCCGGAAGUGAUAUAUGAUUUUCUUAAUAUUUUAAAUGAUAAUUUGAAGCUCAAAGCAGCGCAGGAUUUCAAAGAGAUGCAAAAAAUGAAAGAUGCAGAAUCGAUUACAGAACAGGUUAACCUAAUGCCAUGGGAUACCGCGUAUUUUAUGGGAAAAGCAAAAAGAACCUGGUUGAAUAUAUCUAGCACCGAAUUUACUCCAUAUUUUUCGCUCGGUGCCUGUAUGGACGGAAUAAAUAUUUUAACGCAAGCUCUAUAUGGCAUUCGACUAGAGUCUAUGCCAGUUAUAUCAGGCGAAGUUUGGGCAAAUAAUAUACAUAAAAUUGCUGUUAUAGAUGAAAACGAAGUAGUUUUGGGACAUAUAUACUGUGAUUUCUUUGAGAGAAAAGGCAAACCUAAUCAAGACUGUCAUUUUACUAUUAGAGGUGGAAGACAAUUGUCUGACGGAUCUUAUCAAAAUCCAAUAGCAGUAUUAAUGUUAUCUUUGCCACCGCCAAGAUGGUCCAACCCGUGUUUGUUAAGUCCUGCUUCUGUAGAGAACUUGUUCCAUGAAAUGGGUCAUGCGUUACAUUCUAUGUUAGGCAGAACAAAAUAUCAACACGUAACUGGUACCAGAUGCAGUACAGAUUUUGCAGAGGUACCGAGUGUAUUAAUGGAAUAUUUUGCAACUGAUCCAAGAGUUGUGUCCACGUUCGCGAAACACUUCCAAACAUUGGAGCAAAUACCAACGGUUCUAUUAGAAAAAUUACAUGCCUCCAAAAACAUAUUCUGUGCUUCCGAGUUACAAAAUCAAGUAUGUUAUAGCAUGUUAGAUCAAGUUUAUCACAGUGGAAAGUUGGAGAAAUCAUCAACUGAUGUUUUGAAAGAGAUACAAGGAAAAUACUAUGGACUACCUUACGUUGAAAAUACAGCAUGGCAUUUAAGAUUUUCUCACUUAGUUGGAUAUGGUGCAAAAUAUUACUCUUAUUUAAUUUCUCGAGCAAUUGCUUCUUGGAUAUGGCAGACUUAUUUCCAAGCAGAUCCUUUCAAUCGAACCGCCGGGGAUCGAUAUCGAAAAGAAUGUUUAUCACAUGGAGGUGGCAAGCCAUCGUCCAAGUUAGUAUCUGAUUUUUUGGACAAGGAAGCUAGUGCUAACAAUUUUGCAAAAUCUUUGCUGAACGAAAUCGACAUGAGAACCGAUGAAGUGCAAAAAGUAAAAAGAUAAAGUAAACCAUAGCAUAAAAGGAACGUGUAAAAUAACAACUAGAUUGGAAAUUUUAUGCAUUAAUGCGGUAUGCCAAUAUGGAAAACAUAUGCAGAAUAUGUUUUAUAAAACAAUAGUAUUUAAAUUUAUAUUGGUGCAUUUAUUUUUCAUAUUCAUAUACACCAUAAAUGCAUAAAAUCCGCGCUUAAUGAUGACUACUUUUUAAGUAAAAAACAUAAAACGAAAACGUUUUUACAAUGGGCAGAACAUUUUUUAAGAAAAAGCUAAUAUAAA